UGACGUGAUCGGUUCCUCGCACCUCAAUCAAGGCCACCGUCACGCUAGAUAGGCGCCUUGCAUAUGUAUCAACUUAAAAACCAGCCUGCUUCACUUCCCAGAUCCUGCCUCCCGCCCGCAAAUUAGCCCUACCCAUGAUGGCUGAACACGAUAUACCUAGCGACUUUACAUCUCGAAUUUCCGCAUUGAAGCUCGAGGAUCCAUGCGAAUCUGGUUCAUUUGGCGCUGUUUACCGGUGCACCAUCAAUACCAGCGAAGGCACAAAAGAGGUCGCAGUCAAGGUGUUGAACGUUAAUCCUGGGAGAGCGGUGGAGAAAUAUGACAAGGCAAUGCGUCGUGAACUCAAGGUGUGGCUUAGACUGUCGAAACACCCAACUAUCGUGCCGCUACUUGGCAUCGCACACGUCGGGUUUCAAUUGCCGGUUCUCGUUUCGCAAUGGAUGCCCUAUGGAACAUUGUAUAUACACCUCGAGCAAGCCACACUCACCGCGUCGAAUAAAGUUGAAUUGGUCAGGGGCGUUGCUGAUGGCCUCAGAUAUCGUCCGUAGAUCGCUAUCUUAUUGUUAUUUUUGUUCUUGACGUCUACCCAGUUCACUCGGAGAAUGUCGUUCACGGAGACCUUCAUCCCGGAAAUGUACUCAUAGAUGGCUCGGGGAAUCCACGUCUCACAGAUUUCGGUCUCGCAACUGUCGUAGGGGACGUAGAAUCGCAGCUGAAUACAACAACCGCAAAUCGCAGCUUCAAUCCUCAAUGGCGUGCGCCUGAGGUCAUUGGAGUCGACCCGGAGGCUGAACUUGUACGACCGAAUUUCAAGAGUGAUGUAUAUUCUUUUGGUGGCGUUAUGUUCUUUAUCGUCUCGGGGGAUAUACCAUGGAAAGAGAAGAAAAACUCAACUCAUAUCAUCAUUG